AUGCCGAAAAACGAAUUAGAUUUUCAUGACACGACUUCGAGCGCUCCUCAUUCUUCAGCUGUAACAAGAUCGGUCCUCCCAGCCCCAAGGAGCCCAGAUGAGGGUCCGCAACAAACGAGUCCCAGUGCCAGUAUUACCGGUUCCGUUGGUUUUCUCACAGGGACGCAUCAAAAUCGCUUAGCGGACUUGCAGAAACAGCGCGAAGCCUUAUUCCGAGACUGGAAAAUCCAUCUUCCCCAUCUUCAAGAUGAGAACAAGCAAGACAAUAUGAGAAAGAUGCACGAGGACGACGACAAG